UUUAAAGAGGCAAAGCUUGGAGAAGGAAGCAGCAAAAGUUAGUUGUGAGUUGUGAGAAGAAGAAGAGAUCGAUGAAUAUGAAGGCAGUUGUUUUGGCUGUUGCUACAAUUUUGGUAGCAUCACAGUGCCAUGGCUCAGAAUACGAAUUUUACCCUCUGGAAUUGAGAUCUGAUGGCCUCACUGUCCACUACCCUCCAGAGGUAUGGUGCCCAAGUUGGAGGCUUGCAGCGGAAGCACACAACUAUAUUAACUGGAAAACUGUUCCUCAAAAAUGCGCAGAAUACGUAGAAAGCUACAUCCAAGGAGAUCAAUAUGACUCAGACUCCAAAUAUGUUAACCAACAAGCUUAUUUUUUUGCUAAAUCCAUCAAAAGGAAUGAGAAUGACGUUUUCAUUUUCAGCGUAGAUGGAACCGUACUGUCUAAUGUCCCAUAUUAUUCUAAACAUGGAUAUGGGGUGAAUCCAUAUAAUGCGACUGUGUACGAUGCAUGGGUUCUGAAGGGUGAGGCACCGGCACUGGCACAGACUCUUAAAAAUUACAACAAUCUGUUGUCUCUUGGCUUCAAGAUUGUGUUCCUAACAGGAAGAACAGUGGAUAAGAAGGCUGUAACCGAAGCCAACUUGAAGGAGGCUGGUUUCCACACGUGGGAGAAGUUGAUUCUCAAGGAUCCAAUUGCAUACAAUGGUCAGAACGCAGCUUCAUACAAAGCAGCUGAGAGGAAGAAGCUGACUAAGGAGGGAUGGAGAAUCGUUGGUAACAUUGGAGACCAGUGGAGUGAUAUAACCGGACGCAACGUUGGCCUCAGGACCUUUAAGUUGCCUAACCCAAUGUACUUCAUUGCUUGAUCACCUUCAUCUACCUUAACAUGCAUAGCUUACUCCUAUAUAAAUAUAUUAAAUAACUCAAAUAUAUAGGAGCAUGCCAUGCACCACCUAUCAUGUUCAUGUAUGAAGUGUGUUGUUGGGGUGUACGUAUGUAAGUGAAGUCACGUAAUUAGGGACAUGUUUUCUCUUUCGCGUCUUGCUCUUGCUUAAUAAACUACAGUAUGCCCUUCUUCCGGUUACA